AUGGUUGUGAAUCAUGGGAUGGAGGGAGAUGUGAUAUCGAGCAUGAUAAAAUUGUGUAAGAGAUUCUUUGAGCUUCCGUAUGAGGAGAGAUCAGAGUACAUGACGUCCGGCAUGUCGGCUCCACUACGGUACGGCACGAGUUUCAACCAGAGAAAAGACAAUUUCUUUUGUUGGAGAGACUUCUUGAAACUCUUUACACAUCCUUUCCCUGUUUAUCUUCCUUAUUGGCCUUCUUCUCCCGCCGACUUCAGGUGA